UGUGACUUCCAGUCUAAUGCAACUUACCCAGAUUCUUACCAGAAGCCACAUCAGAUAGAGCUAAUUAGACAGACAGCAAGUCUCACAGUGGAUGUGUGUCAGAGAGAGAGAGAGAGAGAGAGAGAGAGAGUGAAAGAGAAGGAGGAGUGACAGAAAGGGAAAGAAAAGAGGGAAGAAAGACUCUCAUUACUCAUUAAGUGGUGAGCCAAGUUCUUCUCAGCACUCGUUCUGCUACAGAGACUCUCGCUCUCUUUCUUUUCGCUCUCUCUCUCUCACACACACACUCUUACACCGCACCGCACACACACUCAAAAACACAAAGCAGAAGUGGACAAAGACACAGAGUUUCAGUCGCCGCGGUUGGCUAUGGCUCAGGGCUCUGACAGCAAUGACACAAGUUACAAGUCUCCAUCACCUGGAAGCAGACCGAGCUCCUCAGACGAUGUAAAGAAGGUGAUGCGGCGGGAGAAGAACCGGAUCGCCGCUCAGAAGAGCAGGAUGAGACAAACCCAGAAAGCCGACAGCCUUCACUUGGAGAGCGAGAACCUGGAGAAGGAGAACGCCGCCCUGAGGAAGGAGGUGAAGCAGCUGACGGAGGAGGCCAAGUAUCUGUCCUCAGUGCUGAGCAGCCACGAGCCCCUGUGCACCGGCCUGGCCCCUCAGACCACCGACCUCCUGUACCCUCCCCACCACAGCAGCUACCACCACCAGCACAUCGCUGUCCCACACUACCAGCACUGACCCGACUGACUACUGAAGACGUGCUGCGAAAAAACAGACGACUGACCUCAAUGGAGAGAGAGACUGACUGGAGAUGUGUCUUUUAAAUGCUGAUCAUUGUUUUAAAAAAGAGAAACCCGACCCAGGCGACAGGCCGCCAUGUCCGCCAAAACAAUGAGAGCCCACAUGUAACUGUGCGGUGUUCGAAACUAUUUAUUUAGCUUUCUGCUCAUCCGUUCGCUUUUUUUUUUCUGAUAAAUAUCAUGUUAAAUGGCUUUUGAUGAGUAGAACUGUCAACCAGUCCAUGUUUACAUUGGGAGACAAACCUAGUGUACGUCCAGGAGACUCAGGCGAUAUUUUUGUAAAUGGCUUAUUUUAGAGCACCUUUGUCAUCCUGUCAUGUUUUUUGUGUUUCACGUGUUUUUAAUGUGUUUUACUGUGUCGAUUGAAAAUGCUCAGGAGCUUUUGACAGAUUUGAUUGUGGACAAAGAGAAUGUAAAGUCAAGAUCCUAGAACAACAACAACAACAGCAACAAAAACAAGGCUCAGAAGAACCAAAUAAGAAAAAAAUGAGUGGCAGUGAAGAAGAAUCGAGGUCUUGACUUGUGUACUGGUGACGGAGCCGAUGUGUGAGGAGAACCAGCAGAUAUAUUUAUUAAAUGUGAUGCCUUUUGGAUGAUCA